UUAAUGCAAAUAAGAAAGACACUGACAUUUACCACAUCUACCACUUUUCAUUCCCACCGUCCCUUUAAUCAAACAAAAACCAUAUCAAAUUUCUGAUCCAAACACCUUCUCCACCAUUCAUUCAUUCCAUUUAUUCAACCAUUUGCUUCAAUCAUUUACCUUAUAUAAAGGAUCUUGUGUGUUUGUUUAUUUGAUUUGUCAAGUUAUUGUUUUCAUUUGUUGUCUUGUCUAUACUACAAAUAUCUUUUCUCUGAUCUUGCUUUAAUCACAAAACAUGUUGCUAAGAAGUUCUUCAACACCAGUUCUUGGUUCUCUUCUCUCAUCCAGUUCCUUUGAUAGUCCUAAUCAUCAUCAUGAACCUUGUCAUGCACUCAAGCAUCUACCACCACCAACACAUCACAAUCACAAUCACAACAAACUCUCUUUUCACCAAUCUGGUUCAUUCAAUCUCUCAUGUAGUUCUUCUCCGAUUUCCCCUUCCAUUGCUGAUCUUGAAAGACAAAACAAAGGGUUGAUUAGAAGAGUUCAAUCCGAAGGAAACUUGGAAGAUCUAGCUUAUGCUAAUGAAGAGAGAUUCAGUUAUAUGGAUCAUUCUUCUAAGAGGUAUUCAUUGAAACAAAGAUGUUUGCCACUUGAGACUAUUCCGUCUUUCUCUCUUUCUAAGCGAACCGGUUUGCCCGAAGAAGAGGAAGAUGUGGAAGAAAGUGAUGUUGAAGAUGAAGAAGGAUAUGAUGAUGAGUUUAGUAUGAUGAUGAGUAGUAUGAAGGUGAGUGGAGAAAUGGAUAGAGUUUGUAGAGUGAGUUUUGGGGAGGAGGGAAAGGUUGGUAGUAAAGAAAUGUAUCUUGCAAAAGGGCUUGGUGUUGAGGUGUUUGGUGAUGGAAUAGGUGGUGGCUGCAGAGGAGGUAAUGGAGGAGGUGGUGAUUCUAAUUCCAUGAGAUCUAGAGGGAAUGAUGGAGAUAAUAAUAAUCAUGAGGUGGAAGAAUAUUACAAGAAAAUGGUGCAGCAAAAUCCUGGGAAUUCAUUGUUUCUGCGAAACUAUGCUCAGUUUUUGUAUCAGAGUAAACAAGAUCGUGAAGGGGCAGAGGAGUAUUAUUCCAGAGCCAUACUAGCAGAUCCAAAUGAUGGAGAAGUUCUAUCACAGUAUGGAAAACUAGUUUGGGAGCUGCAUCAGGAUGAAGAAAGAGCCUCUAGCUAUUUUGAAAGAGCAGUGCAAGCCUCUCCUGAAGACAGUCAUGUACAAGCGGCGUAUGCGAGCUUCCUUUGGGACGUGGAGGAAGAUGAGGAUGCAGGUUCUGAUGAGAUGCAAUGCUUGCCUCAACAUUUUCAUGUGGGAGCUAUGGCUACUACAGGUGCUUAGAAGAGAAAUGCUGUUAACAUUUUCUGAUGUAUAUAAGGGUCUCUGAGAUGAAUUGAGAUUGUAUUGUAGAGAACAAGAAAUCACAAGCUGAGUUUCUUUUGCAGUGUUGGUUCUUUCGGUCUGUAGCCAUUUAAGUAAUCAACAAACUAAUUGAUCAAGUGUUGUGUUUGAGAUU